AUGAAAGAAGCCAUUGUUGACCACACCACCACGGUCACCAUCCGCGACGUGGACAUCCCCACUCCUCAACCCGGCCAGGUUCUCAUCCGGGUUGUGGUGUCAGGUACAAACCCAAAGGACUGGAAACUCCCCAAAUGGAAACCAGAAAUCGCGAUCAACCAGGGUGACGACAUCGCCGGCUAUGUCGAGGCAGUGGGAGAGGGAGUCCACGGCUUCCGUAAGGGAGACAAGGUCGCCGCGUUCCAUGAGAUGUUCAGUCCGCAUGGAAGUUACGGCGAGUAUGCCAUUGCCUGGGAACACUCAACAUUCCAUCUCACCGAGAAGACCAGCUUUGAAGAGGCUGCAACUGUCCCCCUCGCUGCGAUGACUGCUGCGUUGGGCUUGUACCAAGAGCUGAAACUGCCUCUACCCUGGAGUCCUGCCAAUAAGCCUACCCCACUGGUGGUAUACGGUGCCGCCUCAGCAGUUGGUGCUUUCGCGAUCAAACUUGCUCAGCUAUCCAACAUUCACCCUAUCAUUGCCGUGGCCGGUAAAGGCGCUCCCUUUGUUGAGACUCUGAUCAGCAGAGAAAAGGGUGAUACGAUCAUCGAUUACCGUGAAGGCGACGAGGCCAUUCGCUCUGGUAUCAGAAACGCUGCUAACGGCAUCCCCGUUCACCACGCCUACGAUGCUGUCUCCGAGAAGGGAAGCUAUGUUAAUAUCAGUGCUGCUCUCGAUACACCGGGAAAGAUUGCUGUCGUUCUGCCUGCAACCGUGGAUGAGGCGUACGAAGACAUUGAAAUUCGUCAGAUCAUGGUUGGCAGUGUGCACGCGCCUCCUGCUGAGGGUCAAACCCUCGGCGACAAGGAAUUUGGAGCUGCGAUCUUCCAAUUUAUCGGCCGUGGCCUUGCACAGGGUUGGUUCUCAGGUCACCCACAUGAAUUGCGAAAGGGUGGUCUGGGAGGCAUUGAGAGUGCAUUGAAGGAUCUGGCGGCUGGCAAAGCAUCCGCAGUGAAAUAUGUGCUUAGAAUUGCCGAGACCGAGGGAGUCCAGCAAUAG